AUAAUUCAAUUAAUUCAAAUUUCUGGUUAAAGUCUCUUUUAGCGAAAUCUGUUCCUUUUGCCUCUUCAUUAAUAAGCUCGACUUUCUUGUGCAAUACAAUCAAAACCCAGUUUUGAUUUGAACUCACAUAGACAGACCGCGAGUCAUAGGAUGAACCCAGCAAGGAUCCCAUAGCUGCAAAGAUUCUGUGAAAGAUACAGAGACAGAGAAAUGGGAAAAGUAGCUGUGGCAGUGAUUGUGAGUUUGUGGGUCAUUUCUGUCUCCAUUCUUGUUAACCGCAUAGUUCCAGAGCCUUACAUGGAUGAAAUAUUCCACAUACCUCAGGCGCAACAGUACUGCAUUGGCGAUUUCAGAAGCUGGGAUCCCAUGAUUACCACCCCUCCUGGCCUGUACUAUCUUUCACUUGUUCAUGUUGCUUCUUUGUUUCCAAGCAUAUUUAUAGUACAAGCAGCAUCAUCAUUUUCUGAAGUCUGCACCACUGCCAUUCUUCGAUCUGUAAAUGGUGUUUUGGCAGUAUUAUGCAGUAUAAUUGUGUAUGAGAUAAUUACCCUCUUGAGACCAAAUCUUAGUGAAAGAAAAGCAACAAUUUUUGCAGUGGUCCUAGCUUUAUAUCCCCUUCACUGGUUCUUCACUUUUCUCUAUUAUACAGAUGUUGCAUCGCUUACUGCAGUGCUUGCUAUGUAUCUUGCAUGCUUGAAGAAGAGUUACUGGUGCAGUGCAGUGCUUGGUGCCUUGGCUGUUGUCAUUCGGCAGACGAAUAUAGUUUGGAUGCUUUUUGUUGCAUGCACUGGGGUUAUAAAUAAUACUCUGGUCUGUACAAGAGAUAAUGUAGAAGAAAAUAAUAUUGACACAGCAAUCAGGAAAACUAAUAGAUCAACUUCCAAUGAUAAUGUUACAUCAAACUCAAAUUUGAGAAGGAGAAAGUUCAGUAAUGCCUUGGGUACUGAUAAACAAUCUACGCCUAGUGCAAGCUUCUUUUCAGCAAAUCACUCAUCAGGUUUGCUUGAUGAAGUUGAGGUCAUCCUUUUAGCAUUAUGGCAUAGGAAGUGGGAGCUUUUGGUUUCCUUUAGUCCUUUUCUCAUGGUAUUUGUGUCUUUUUUAGCUUUUGUCCAUUGGAAUGGAAGUGUAGUUCUAGGUGCAAAAGAAGCUCACACAGUUUCACCACAUUUUGCACAGAUCAUGUAUUUUGGUCUGGUUUCUGCUCUUGCUGUGGCUCCUCUACACUGCAGUAUAGGUCAAAUUGUGGACCUGUUCCAGUCAUUUUGGAAGAGAAGGCCCAUCAGUUUCUUUCAAGUGCUCAUAGCUGUUAUUGCUGGCUUCUUCUCUGUACAUUUUUACAGCAUAGCCCAUCCCUAUCUUAUAGCUGACAAUCGGCAUUAUCCAUUCUAUCUCUGGAGGAAGGUCAUCAAUGCUCAUUGGUCAAUGAAGUACCUUCUAGUCCCGCUUUAUGUUUAUUCAUGGUUUUCCGUCCUCAGCACAUUGGGGAAAGUUCAGAGGAAGAUAUGGAUCUUAGCAUUUUUCUUGGCUACUGCUGCAGUUCUGGUACCUGCUCCAUUGAUCGAGUUCAGAUACUACACGAUACCAUUAUAUUUCAUGAUACUCCAUUCCCAUAUUAAUGAUUAUCAUAGCUGGCUUCUCAUGGGACUUAUAUAUCUAGCCCUCAAUAUCUUCACGAUGACGAUUUUUUUGUUCCGGCCUUUCCAUUGGGACAAUGAGCCUGGGAUCCAGAGGUUUAUAUGGUAGGGAAGUAUCUAAGAAAUGCCCAAGGGCACCAUCAUAUUUUAAGACAAAUCAUUUUUGGGUGGUAAGUGUUUUUUGUAUGGGGAUUAGUUGGAAAUACGGUUUUGAAUGUUUUGGAGGUAGAGAAAGGAGGGUGGAAUUCUUGAGUGGCAUAAGUAAUUUAGUUUCACCUAUGCUACAGGUCGUGAUUACUAUUUGUCAAGUGAAACCUAUGGUACUAGUCAUUUGUAAACAGGGCAAGAAUUUUAUGAAAAUCAAGAUAUGAAUCAUAAAAGCCUCACAAAUUUUUUAUUUUGAAA